UUGACGUCAGGAGCCAUAACCGCUAGUUUCGGUUUUAAGUGGUGCGGAACGAAAGUGCGGGCUGAUGUUUUCACGGGGCGCAUUUUAUGUGCUCGGAUCAAAACACGACCGACGAGUAAAGUGGGAUUACGGAACUCAUUGUCACUAUAUAUAACUAAAACGCGAUUAAUUCGCUGUAAGCAUUCAAGAGUAAUCUUGGCAAGUAACGGAGAUUGUGUCACACGCAGUUACCGUUAUAGGAUAAAACGUGUGAGAACGAAGACGAACGAUUUUAAAAUGGCUGCCGGCAACUUUUCUUAGUUCCUCCCCACAUAAGAGAUAAUACGUGUUCCAUCAAACUAUUCGAUUUGGCUGGUUGGCGUUCAUUUUAAGAGGAGGUAGUUAUUGCAAAGUCAGUUGCUCUUUGCGCUUUACGUUGAAAAGGCCGAGCGGGAAGUGCAAGCCCGUCUCCGGUUGCUUGUGAGCGUGUCGACGUUCUAUUUAUUCGGUUUCGUUUGCUUUCGUCCCAUGGCGGGUUUGGAGUUGUUGUAUUCGUGCUGCGGCGACUCCAUCUCAUGUCCGCAGGACGCCGUCGUGUGUUUUGUCCACUGGGAGGUCGUCAAAAGCGGAUACAAGUGCCUCGGCUCCGGGGAUGAGGCUCGGAGCAGCGACAAAAAGUCUGAGCUGCUGCCGUCGGACUGGAGCAGCAACAAGGCGGAAUACGCCCUGAGGUACGCCUCGGAGCACGGAGACGCUCAGCUGCUGCUCAAAGCGCUCCUGGUGGACUCGGCGCUGGUCUUCAACCUCAUGAACCGCAGCACACGGCAGAGCUCGGACGUGAUCGUCAACCUCAACGAGCACGUGGACGGCGCCCACCUGCGCACCUUUGACAGUGUCUUCAAGGACGCGGGCGGCCUGGCGGCGGCGCUUCGGUCUCGACUGCUGCCGUCGCGGGACAAACGGACGCAAGCGGAGCAAAGCGAGCGGACGCGGAGGCGGGACGAUGACGACGACCCCCUGCGGGUCCCCGACAGGCACCCGCGGCACGCGGCGCAGCCACACUGGCCUGAUCCGAUGGGGCCGCCGUUCUCUGUGGGAGGCGCAGAUUUGGAUCCGUUGGGGUCCAUGUCGGGCGGCGGGAUGAUCGUGGACCCUCUGCGGAUGGGCUACCCUCGCUCCGGUUUCCACCCGUCCGGCGGCAUCCCGGACAUCCUGCCUCCUGGCGCGGUGCCGCCCGGCGCCCGCUUCGACCCGUUCGGCCCCGUGGGACGCCACCGACCCGGACCCGACCCGGACCACAUGCCCCCGCCGGGCUACGACGACAUGUUCAUGUAGCCGCUUCCCGUGUGCAGGCCGCCGUUUCCCGCCCGCUCGCCAAUCAGAGUCCGGACGGUACUCCAUAAGGAAACCUAGCAACUUGCCAUAAACGCAGUUGUAAUUGAGUGUUUAAAAUAAUAAUAAUAGUUUUGGUGUGAAUCAGUGAAGAAACGUGGCAAGAGGAGGGAAAUAUGUAAAAUAUCUCCUCGUUUGUGAAGUUCGCUGUUCAGAUAUUGGGAAUUUCCCAUUAAAAAAAACAAACCAA